UGCCAUGUCGCCACUCAUGUCUCCCGCCCUGUUUUAACUUUUGACCCCAGUUGCUAGAUCUGCGCUCUUUUGCGAUUCGCCCAUCUGGCCCAUACCCAGAGCUGUGAGAGUUCCUCGUCUUCCUGUGUCCUACUCCAGCCACUUCUAACCGAUUCAUGGAGACAACAGCGCCGUUUGCAGUGUAGGGGCUCUCGAUAAAUCUGCAGGGGAGCGACGGGAUUGUUUUGCCAGGCCUCUUAUUUUCUUGGCUGCUCUGAUAAGAACCAUCAAAAGAUACUAUCAUCGCUAAAGUCGGGUCUGGAUCGGCGUGCCGACGAGCUACAGGAGAACACGUUGCACUGAAGCAGAAUUUGGAUGGGACAUGGAGGGUAUGCAGGACCAAUACAUUGAAGAUAGUCUUGGGAUGAAUCAGCAACUGCCAAGAAACGCUCAGGACCCCAUGGAUUUCUGGCAGAUGCAGAACGCAGACUCGCAGUCCCAGUCAUUUGGCACGCUCGCAAUCAACGUGCCGGACGUAAAUGCGGCCACACCAUUACCUCAGGAGGUGGUCAAUGCGCUCCCGCAGACCAUACCCGUCCAGCCAGCACCAGUCCCUUCGCAACCGCAGAGCUCACGGCCUCCGGUUUACCCUCCUCAGCCGGCGGAUGGAUUGCAGGGGUCUGCCCCGCCCCCUUUCCUCACCAAGACUUACGAGAUGGUCGACGAUCCAUCCACCGACGCCGUCGUCUCGUGGAGCCGCUCGAACAACAGCUUUGUCGUAUGGGACCCGCCGCAAUUUGCUCGCGACCUGCUGCCAAAGUACUUCAAGCACAACAACUUCUCCAGCUUUGUGCGCCAGCUCAACACCUAUGGCUUCCGGAAAGUGGACCCCGACCGCUGGGAAUUUGCAAACGAGGACUUUCUGCGGGGGCAGCGCUACCUGCUCAAAAACAUCCAUCGUCGCAAGCCUCCCGGCAACGCGCAAGCCGGAGCCACACAAAACGCCGCGAAUAACAACAUGGUACUCGAGGUCGGCAGCUACGGCAUCAUGGACGAGGUCGAGCGGCUCAAGCGCGACAAGAACGUGCUCAUGGUCGAGCUCGUGAAGAUGCGCCAGAAGCAGAGCAGCAUGGACCGCGUCGUGAGCGAGCUGCAGAGCGACCUGCAGCUGACCAACCAGCGGCAGCAGCAGAUGAUGUCGUUCCUCGCGAAAGCCGUGCAGAACCCGAGCAUCCUGCAGAGCCUCGCGCAGCAGGCGCAGGGCCGCCGCCAGGAGCAGGCGGUCCAGGCGGCGCGACUCGCUGCAAGCCGCAAGAAGCGGCGGCUCCCCGCCGACAUGGAGCUCCCAAACGGCGUCCCGCUCGACGUGGCGCAGGCACAGCUCGUCAAGUUCAGCCCCGCGCAGGAAGCGGCCCGCAAGGUGUUUGAGCAGAUGUACGGGCCCGUGCAAGGGGGGGCUGGUUCCGGGGCUCUGCAGACCCCCCUGCCGGACCAAGCGUCGUCGCACUCGGGACCGGGGGAUAUGGACGGGCUGCUGUUGGACGGGGAGGGGGCGGAGAGCGGAAUGCGGGUCAGGGGGGGGUCGAAUGAGGGGGAGAUCUCGAUGAAGUCCGCGGCGGAGCAACUCGCGGCGAUCGUCCGGCGGAAGUCUGAAAGCGAAGCCACCGGCACCAGCCAUCCCGGCGCCUCUCCCGACGGCUUGGGGCAGCAGCAUCCGGGCGGGCCCGCUCAAAUGGAGGGCCUCGACACUGCCCGGGGCUUUGGCCCGGGCUUCGGGAUGCCGGGCGAAGCGUCGUCCGGCCCGAGCCCGUUCGCGCAUCCCCGAGCGGCGUUCGCCGCCCGGAGCACUCCCCCCGGGCAGUUUGGGGAGCUUGGGGGAUUGGACGACUUUGAGGGGAUGCCCGAGGAGAUGCAAGACCCGAUGGCCGACCCGACGCAGGAGCCGCCGGGCGAUGUGACAAACGAAAGCAGCUUUUGGGAGCAGUUCCUGGCGGGAGCUGUUGGAAGCGCGGAUGAUGACAGUGGCGGGCCGGCGUUCACGCCAGACCUCGACAGCCUGAAUGCGGGCGAGAGCCUAGGAUCCCCUAUGGCCAGUGCAGAAAAUCCUAAUGAGCAUUGGUGGGAUGCAAACAACCAGGUCGACCACAUUACGGAGCAGCUGGGACAGCUCGACCCCCAUUCUGCUCAACAUUGAAUCUAGGGGGAUCCCCCAAUGUUGGUUUUACUGACGGUCGGUUGUUAAGACGCAGUGCUAAUCCUAGACAGCUGAGGGCUUCUGAAGACAAGGAUAAGCAGGCUGCUCACAUAAUUAGUCUUUUUCCAUAGAUGCAAAGUGCCUAACGAGGCCAAUCGUAUGCCAGACAGGCAAGCAAACGCAAAACGGCACUUGGUAACGGCUGCAAAGGUGGCCUUGUUACUUGCCCGUGUCUUAAAAAGGAGAUGUAUAGUGGGGCGAUCCAGCGAUUGUCGAUAGACACUUCAGUAUGGAGCCGUUGUUAAAUGUUGAAAACGUAGCAGGCUUCAUCCUAAGGUCCAUUGGAUCAUUUAUGUACAGCUAAAGGUGCAUUUUCACUUUGUCGGACUUGUGUAUAAUCCUCCUGAACAGUGAACAUGCGAAGUGGGCAUGCACUGUUAAUGAUGCGUCGCUUGAGUUUGCAGAUAAGGGGAUGCUC